AUGACUUCAGAACAGGGAUCAACAGCAAUUUGGAAUGACUUACCGUCCAUUAGCGACCGAGUUACUGCCAACGAAAAACCCGAGACAGAAUGCCCUCCAAAGGAGGCGGAUCUGACGAUUUUGAAACCAGCUCAAAAACACGUGCCCACAAUAGAAGGCAAACAGGUGAUGCAGAUAAUGGAUAAUUGCAUAACUAAAGUCAUUUUGGUUUCUGCAUUUCCGAAAUUCACUUCUAAUUUGGCAUAUUAUGAGCUUUUAUUGGGCUGGAAAGCGUGUGAGCAGAUCGAGCGAUACAAAGCCGCUUCCAGUGAGUAUGACACAAUAAUGAACGGCUGUGAGAAUGUGGGAGACCUAUACCAUUUCAAGCUGAAUGAAUUGAAGGAACGCAUUACCAACACGACUCGUCAGGGUAUUCACAAUAUGCUUUCCGAAGCAGAAGUUACCUCCGCGUUGAUUAAACACUACCAGGAAUGGAAAGUUGAACCGGAAGGGAAAAUUCGAGAAUUGGCGAGUUAUUUGGUUCAGCUGCGCUCUAUGAUGCAUCACCAACUACUUUUCAGCUCCCAAGAAACUGCCGAAAGAGAAGAAUUCCUUGAGCAAACUCAACGACACGGAAUCAGGCAGGCGCAAGUAAUUCAGCGUCUAGAAGAACAGUGGGAUUCAAUGAUGAAGAAGCACAAUAAAAUGUUGGAAACCAAGAUUCAGGAGAUUGAACGCAUAAACUCUUGUCUCCUGUCAAGAGAGGAGGAAAUGACGGCAAAAAUCAAUGAAAUGAGAGAAGGAUUUCUCAAGGAAUACAAAGAGGCUCGAGAACAGCACAAGAAGACAGUAAGUAUAAUGCUUGAAGAAGUUGCAGCUGCUAAGAAGCGUUAUGAAGAUGAAAUAGCACCGGUUCAGAAGCAGGAAUUAAUGAUUCGUCGUCGAAAAUGGAUGCUGGAGGAUCAGUUAUAUUCAACGAUAAGGAAAAUGGACGAACAGCUUUUCAAACUACAAAGCAAAUAUGACGAAAACAAAAAAGAAUUCGAUGAACUUGUCAAAGAUUACGACAUUUUAAACGCAAAAUUCGAGCCCCUGAAGGUGAGGUACGAUGAAGUUAUGGAAAUCAGACGAAAGGAGGAGGAAGCCAGACAACAGGCAAUAAAAGAACAUUUUGAAAUGAUCGAAUCCGCCACUUUUAUUACAGCCCUUUACAGAGCCUAUAUGGCCCGCAAACGAAUUAGAUUGGAACGCAAGAAAGGCAUUUUGUAA